AUGGCUUCAGACGAAGAUUACUUGGCUUUCUUGGACAAGGCCAACAAGGAUCCCAAUGAGGGCCAGACUGCAAAGUCGGCCAGCAGCGCAAAGCAAGCGUUCAAGACCACAGAUUCAGGCGCACAGGUGCCCGCCGUCCUCAAGAGCGCUGUGAAAGAUGCGUUUUACACUAGCGAUGCCGAUGAGCCUUUUGAGCCAGUCUGCCUUAAAUGGAACGAGGAUGGCAAAGGGCUGCCCGAUGAAGAGGAAUUUGCCAGCUUAAUCUCCCAUCCGAAUCCCUCGAGUGCGCAAAUAGAGAUCCAAGAUCCUGCAGACUGGGAUACGCAAGGACAAUACUCAGACCUCUUGGACGCGGUGCGCCAGGCGGGCAAGGGUAACGACGUUCGGGUCUACAGAAUAAGAAAGGAUGGCACGAGGGUGGAAUAUUGGGUCGUUACUACGGAAGGAAAAGGAAAAGAUGCCAAAUUGGUAGGAGUCAAGGCUUUGGCCAUCGAGAGCUGA